AGAAAACUGGCAGGCGACUAUGACGUUGUACACUCCACUUGCCUCACGACGGCGAUUUUCUCAGCUUUAAAAUUGUGUUUCUGAGAUCGUGUCUAUGUGUUCGUAGUCGAAAAAUACACAAAAAAUCGCUAUUUCCUUUUUGGUUGUUCUAUAAUUAAUUUCGAUAUGUGUUACAUUACGUAAUUUCGAGACUGUUAGUGUUAUAUGUCUUUGCAAUGUUACCUAUCUGCCUUCAGUGCGUUCGUCUGAGAGUUCUCCUGUAAAGUAUCUAAAGUGUUUUUCUCGAUUAAAAUUGGAAAUUAGAAACUAAUUUAUAAUUAUGCACCAUUUGUACCCGCUCGCGAAGGGCGACUCGUUGUGCCCUUUAGGAUUCCAUCCUCAAGUGAGAUGGCCUACUAGAUGUAAAAGGUGUUUCAGAGAUUACAAGGAACACGGCGGUAAGAAACGUGAUACUGACACGAACUUACACAAGGAUGCAUCUACAGUAUCCACCCCGAGUUUAUCAUGGGCUAAUAGGGACGGGGAGGGCAAAAGCAGGAGCUGGAUGUCGAGCACCAAUUUAUCGGAAUCGAAGGAAAACAGUCGCAAUUCCGACAGCGAUUUUAAUUGUCCUUCAUCGUGGAUAUCGACUCCCGAUUUAGCUAACAUGCAGGACGACACUCAGCCCAUUACAACUGUUAACAUACAAUUGCCCAAGCGAAAAAUCAAACCAGUUGAUACUGGACAAAGAACAGUUUCAGAUAGUUUUUCUGUAGUAAAAGAAAAAUCGUCACUGUUUAAUAAAAACGACAGUCUGGCGGACAGAGCAAAUAAACUAAAAGCUAUAAAAGAAUCAUCGCCCAGUUCCCAUCGAGGGCGAAGGAUACAAAUAAAAGAAGUAAAAACGAUUUCCGAGGAACCAACAAAUCACGAUGUACAAUUUCUUAUUCAAGUAAAAAAAUCUCCCGCCAAAGAGCCAUCCCAGGACAAUUCGGACAACGACGAUGCAAUAAGCCUAGCAGGAACUGAAACCACGGACACCACUCUAGUCGACGCGCACGACCACGAGCUGCGCGACCAGCUGGAGAGCCUGAGAAGAGAGCUGGACACGACGAAGUCGAAAUGCGACCGGCUCGAGCGGGAGAAGAGCGACAUCUUGCUGCGGAGGCUCGCCUCGAUGGAAACCAGCAAACCCAGCGCGACGGAAGUGCUGAAAUUGCAGCAGAAAUGCAACGAGCUGCAGCAGCAACUGGAAGACUACAAGGAUGAGAAGAAGAGCCUGGCGUUGAGAGUGAAGGAGCUGGAAAACGACUUGGAGGUGAGGCCUACGGCGCAAGAGGCUCAGAAAAUCGCCGACGACCUUCGAUCGAAGCUUCUGGCUGCGGAAACGCUGUGCGAAGAAUUGAUGGACGAAAACGAGGACAUCAAGAAGGAGCUCAGAGACAUGGAGGAGCAGAUGGAUGAGCUGCAAGACAACUUUAGGGAAGAUCAAGCGGUAGAGUACACAUCUCUGAAGAAAGAUCUAGAUCAGACGACUAAGAAUUGCAGGAUACUCUCCUUCAAAUUGAGAAAAUGCGAACGGAAAGCCGCUCAAUUGGAAUUCGAAAAAGCGGAGUUGGACAAAAAAUUGAAAGAUGUUUCUGGCAGCGACACGACUUUGAAUCAAAUUGAAAAAAUCAAGAAGCUCGAGCAAGAGCUAAAGUUAGCUAACGAAGUAUCCGUCAGACUUCAAAAAGACCUCGAAGAAGCCAAGUCCAAAAACAACGAGGACACUAAAGGACCAACCAAAAAAAAGGCGCCUUCGAUAUCAUCAUUAGGAAAGAACUCGUCCACAGACGGAAAAGUAUCGAGGGAAUCUCUGACGAGAGGCGGCUCCCAAGACGAUCCCGUGCAACUUCUACGGGACCUACAAGACUCCCUCGAAAGGGAGGCGGACCUUCGAGAGCAACUCAAAUUCGCCGAAGAGGAGGCCCAAACGUUGCGCAAAAAGGCGUCGAGAAUCGAAGACGACAACGAAUCCUUAGUCUUGCAGUUGAAGAAAAUGGCCUCCAGAGCGAGAACUCGAAAGCUGAGCCCAACGAACCAAAAGCUAACGCCCGAACUUCCGGAGAAGCCCGAGACAUCAGAAGACGAGGACCCCACAGAAAUAAAAUUACAACUAGAGUUAAGCGAACAGGAAGCUUCGGUACUUCGGCAUAAAGUCGAGGAAUUAGAAGGAGACAAUCACAAACUCAAAGCCAAAGUGAAGGAACUCCAAGAACAAUCCUCCACCAAACCCACCACCAAGCGCACUCUCUUAAACAGUGAAAAACUUAAGGAAAAUUCGUUGUUGAACCAAAAAUUAAAAGUCCUGGAGGACGAAACUAACGAUAUAAGGAAAAAGUUGAUCGAAAAAGAAAGAGACUGCGAAAGACUCCACGCCGAACUGAGUCUCACUCAAAAGCGCUCGAAAGGAAUGCAAAAAAGCAAAUCGUUGGAUCUUGAUCAACAAACUUUGGAUCUUCGUAGGCAACUGCAGGUAAUCGAGCAGGAAGCGACCGUGUUGAGGAGCAAAGUCCAAACGCUCGAAGCCGAAAACGAGAAAUUAGGCACCGAAAACAAGAAACUAGGCCUCAAGUCGGCCAAAACGAGCAAACUCGAUAAAAACAUCGACAAAUACAUAGACCAAAUCGCGACAUUAGAAGUAGAAAUCAACGAGAAAGAUAACAAAAUCAAAGAAUUGGAAGAUAAACUCCACAAUACUGAUAAUAAAGAUCAACCUAUAGAGUUAAAGGGCGAUUUUAAAAAAUUCAAUCAAAGAACUCCAAAAAGGGUGACUGCUUUAACGUCGAAAGACCAGAUGAAAACAAUGGUGAGCGAUCUGGAAAAGGAAAUCUGGGAAAUGCUUCAAGUGUUAAAAACUAGUGAAAACGAAAGAAUAAAGCUGGAAGAAGCGGCGAACACUAAAGCGAAGAAAGCGGCAGCAGAAAUAGACGAAUUGAACAAAAAACUGAAUUCUGCGUCGAAAGAAUUAGAUAGCGAAAAGCUCAAAUUAAACCAGCUUAAAGCAGAAAAUGAGGAAUUGAAUAUAACAGUAGCUAAAAUUAGAGAAUCUAUAGAUAUAAUCUCAAACGAAAAAUCGUCACUUCAAAAAGAGGUCGAUAAAUUAAACAAAGAUAAAACCAAAUUAACCAACGAUAAAAAAUCUUUAGACGAAGAAGUAACAAAAUUACAGGCAAAUCUCAAAUCAUCAACUACUAAACAAAGCGAGUUGACCAGUUUAACACAAAAAAUAACUUCUUUAGAACAAAACUUGGAAUCCAAAGAAAAAGAAUUAAAGAAAAUUAGAGAAGACAACGCUAAAAUUAGUAAUGAAAUUGAAAAAGCGCGACAGCAGGUAAAAUCCCUGCAAACCGAUCAAGAAAAAUGGGAAGAAGAAAGGAAGAAAUUAAACAAAAAAAUCGAAACAUUAACAACCAAAGUUACUACACUAGAAAAUUCUGUAGAACAAAAAGACAAGUUAAUCAAACAACUGGAAAACAAUUUGGAAAAAGAAAAGGCCAAUUUGAAAGCCGGAGAAAUUGAAAGCAAGAAAAUGAAUUCAAUUAAAGACGAAUUAGACGCAGCUCGCAAAUCCAACAAAACUCUAGAGGAAAAACUAUCAAAAAUCCAAUUAGAAAACAAAAAUAACAAAUUAGAAAACGAAAAGAAAAUUAAACAGAUGGACAUCGACUUGCAGAACGAAAGAAAAAAAUUGGAAGUUCUCAAAACAAACAACGAAAAAGAGCAGAGAAACCGCGAGUUGGAAUUAUCAACGCUAAGGGAAAAAAUCCGAAAGUUGGAGCAAAACUCGGCGAGCUCCCCAGAAAUUAAACAACUCCAAAAAUCCAAUUCCGAUCUGGAAAGCACGGUAACCAAAGAACGGCGAAAAUACGACGAAUUGACCGCCAAAUACGAAAUUCUAGAGGAAGAACACGUCAUCACCAAAGCCAAAUUAGUCAUGGAAAGAGAAACCCUAGAAUCGCAAAACAAAAACUUAAAACGAGAGAUGGAGCAACUAGAAAACGAGCUGAGAACCCUCAGAGAAACUUACAACAAGAAACAAGACAUCUGGAUAAAAGAAAAGUUGGAACUCGAAUCUAAAAUGAAAUCUAAAGUAACAUUCAGCGGUAGCGAUUCGGAUAGGCAACGAUUAAGGGCGUUAUUGGAGGAGAAACAAUCAGAAUAUGAGCAAAUUAAGAAAGAAUACGAAGCCAUCCACGACCAAAUGGACUACAUGCGCAAAGAAAACGACGAGCUGAAGAAAAAACUGGACGACUACGAUAAAGUCAACAAGGUACAAAGAAACAUCAAUGCAGAUAGCACUGCUAUGGAAAAAGAAAUGAAACAAUUACGCAUAAGAUUGAAUAACUUAGAAAAAAGCAAAAAAUCCGACUUGGCCGAGAUGAAAAUGAGGUACGAAAGUCAAACAAACGUUGUGAACGGAGAACUACAAUCGCUCCAAAACCAAGUAGUCAGAUUCAAAAGGGAAAAGGACACUUACAAGCACAUGCUGGAAACAGCCCAAAAAACCAUAGGCGAUCUAAAACAAUCGCCCAAACAAAACAGAGACGGGCCCAGAAACGUCAACUACGAUGAGCUGGAAGAAACUAAAUCCAAGGUGGCCACGUUAGAACAGCAAAUCAGCUGCAUGGAGGACGAACUGUCCGAGGCGAGGCUAGAAUGCUCCAGACUAAAAACCGAACUGGUGUCAGAAAGAUCAACGUUCGAAGUCAAAUUAUCCGAAAUGCAUUCCAAAGUAAACGAAUUAGAGGAGGAAAAAGUCCUCAGCAGCGGCAGGACGAAAAUCGUAGGCCUAAGGACGAGAAUGGAGUUGGCGUGGCAAAAGGAAAGGGAAGAGCAGCAGAGAUUGCUCCAAGAAACGGCCACUUUGGCGCGGGACCUGCGGCAGACUCUCUUCGAAGUCGAAAGGGAGAGGGACAAGGAACGCCUGGAAGCCAAACGCAAGCAAGACCAACUCAGAAAAACGUCCGAGGAAGAUCAGGAAUCCAACAAAAAGAAGAUAACGGAGCUGCAAUGCGAUCUACUUGAAUUAAGAGACGCUCACGCCAAACUGCGCACGACAAACGAAAAGCUAAGGCGGGAGAGGGAGCGCUACGAUAAGGAAAGGGAGGAAUACCGAUCGGUGAUGAACGGUAAGAAAAGAACUGAUAUAGAAGACGACCGGAAAAUCAACGCACUCAUAGAGCAAAUGGAUACACUCAAGCAACUGGCUCCGGAAUUGUUCUUCUCUAAAGAAACCGAAGCGCCGUACACCCCAACGCCACCAAGAAGAACCAAGUCCAGAUCUCGAGAAACAUCCCCAGCGAUGGACAGAAGAGAAUCGUCAAUGGCUCCUGAGGAAAAGCAGCAACAAAUCCAAUACAUAAUGCAACGAUUGGUGCACACUACAGAAGACCUGCGGAAGCUGCAAAGAUUUUCGGAAGACGACGCCGAACGGGAGCGCCUGCGGAGGACGAUGGGAAUGAGAAGGGCAACUUCCACUGAACACGACACCGCGUCCAUCUCACGAAGUAAACCUCUGUUAAGAAGCAUACCGGGCCUCUCGCAGAGCAGCCUGAAGAGGAAAAGCAUUUCCUUGGAACACACCAUUCAAACUGAACAGAACAUUUGGACCAACGACGACAGCAUGUCCAGCUUGAACUCGCUGGAGCUGCAUUCGGAUAUGGAAACUGGUAGGAGGAAGAGAGACGUCAGUUUGGAUAGCAGAUUGUCAGGCGGGUCGACGCAAAGCGAAUUGGGAGAUAAGAAGAAGAAGAAAGGAAUCAUCGGGAAGCUGAAGAAGUUGACAAAAUCUCGAAGCAUAGACGAUAAGGAUCCAGAUAACUUUUCCCCGUUGAGACCCCUAAGCAACAAGAUGAAUUCUGGUGAUAGUAUGGAUGAUAAUAAAGGUAGUAAAAAAGAUUUAAAGGAGAGAAUAACCGGUAUAUUCAAAAAGUCCGGUUCUUCAUCGAGAAGCAAUAGUAUGGAAAGAGGUAUCGAGAAAAAGCACGAGACUAGUUCAACUCAAAGGCCACUAGUCAGAAAUGGUAGUAAUGGACACCUAACUGGCUCUAGUGAUACAGAAAGUUCUAAAACACGAUCGCGAAGAAGCUGAUAUUAUGAGUAAUUGAAAUAAGUCAAAAAUAACUUCCAACGAAUCAAGUUUUUAUAGCUAUAAGGUAUCGAAUGGAUAGGUUAAAAAUGGUUUCAAAAAAUUGUAUGGACGUUUGUAUAUCUAUUAAAAAUAUUUGUAUGAG